AUGAGCGGUGACAGCGGCAUGGAUUCAGUGAAGCGGUCGCAGGUGCCGCGGCCUGGGCGUUGCCGCGGGGGCCCGCCUGCUGUUUGCUGUGCGGCUGACGAGCCCAGAGACGCUCCCGCCAACGCCUCCAGUCCAGCGGCUCUUGACCUCAAACGAAGGCGGUUUUUUGGUUCUGGACGCGACGCCCCCCCCACGGACGGGACGCGGACUCUGUCUCCGCACGUCGGUGCACUCUGUUUCCGCUCCUCUGGCGUGGCCUCCGCUGGCGAACUGAGUCGUCGUCGCUCAUCCGUGCUCGACUUGCCGCUGACGCAGCGCUCGCCCUGCGUCGCAGAGCCCGGCUCCGAGGGGCGCGCCGCGCGGGGUCGCCUGUCUCCGCCGCAAGCCACGGCCGCUGGCGCGGGCGCCUCAGGGGCUUCUCCUCGGUCGGACUUUCAGCGCGGGGGCGGGCACUGUGGGCAGCCGUUGCUGCGGCGUCUUCUUUCCACGGUGCUUGCAGUCUCUCUGUGCUUUCAACGCUUCUUGGUGUCCUCUGUUCCGCAGGCGCCGGCCGUCCCCGCCGCGCCUGCGUCUCGGCCGCAGAGAGUGCUCGCGACCCACCAGGCCUCGCCCUUCUCGUUUCUGGGUGCCGCGGCGUGGAGUCUCAGCAGCGACUCCUGCAACGACGUGUUUCUCGACCUAGCUGACGGGCUGAACAGAAAGAAUCAGACCAUCACCGUGCGACUUCGGCGAGGCCGGACGCUGAACAUCGCUUCGUUUGACCGGUCUCGCUACGACAUGAUGCCUUUGAAUUUCAAGCAGGAAGCCUACCAAGUUCGGUCCAAGCGGCCCAUGAUCUGCGUGACUUCCGAGCUCAUCCGCCUGUCGGGAUAUUUCGUCUUCUCCGCGCCGCUCACAGAUUUCUGGACGAUUCAGACGCCGCCAGGCGCGACCUUCCCCACGUACACCUUCUCCUGGCCGACGGGGGGACAGCAAGUCACUCGCAGCGGAGGCCUCUGCGUGCUGAUUUCCGACAGCAAGAAUCCAGGCACGCUUCUCACCAUCAUUAUUCGACCCUCUGCGGGGCCGACGGCCGCGAAGCCUGCAUGUGCACUUCUCGUGGCUGCGGUGCUUCUUUCCGUUGGCAAGGUCCUCUGGUGA